AUGGACUUUGGGUUUAAUUCCACCGCGGCAGGAAACCGCGGAGAGGCCGUCCUGGACUCCUCCGGCGAGCCAUCGCACCCAAAUCUCCACGACACCACUUCCAGUGAUCCAGACACGCCACAUCUACUCUCGAACUUUUCUAAUACUACUGCUUCCGCCCAUUCCUCCGCCGCCUCCCCGGCUAACGCAACCGCGCCCCAACCCCAUCGACAAAACCGGAAUCAGACACAGACUGGCAUCGCGAAUAUAGAUUCUUCGGCUGCCAGAUUUGAAGGACUUCCGGGUCAAGUACCGGCUCGGAUACUCGGACGACGUCAACGCUCCCCGGCUCCUGACCGCCGUUUCGAACCGUCAACCGGCCGAUCCUACACGCCAGACGGUCAUCUUAUCGCUGAGCCCAGGGCAAAGCGACGAAGAGGGAACGUCACCAUGGGUGGCAGUGACAUUCUUGAUCCCCAUAAUGGUGCUCCUUUAGGAAUAUCUAAUGGAUCAAGUGAAGUGUUUUCAGGGGUCACAAACGGUAACAAGACUGCCAUGAACGGAUCUUCAGCUCGAGAUAAGAACACAUCGGUCAUCAGACGCAACGAACGAUCCUCAAAGUAUUUUGGUCAUGAUCGUGAGGAGGUAACCCGACUAUUGAUACAAGCGUUAUCAGACAUGGGAUACCGGACUGCUGCAGAUAAUGUGAGCGAAGAGAGUGGGUACGAACUGGAAAGUCCAACCGUAGCCGGCUUCAGAUCUGCUGUUCUGACCGGGUCAUGGCCCGUGGCCGAAGAGUUGCUUGCUGGCGCUUCGUUGGAGACUGAAGGCCUAGGUAAUGGCCUUGUAUUAGCACCUGGCGCGGAUCCCAACGCCAUGAGGUUUUGGUUACGACAGCAGAAGUUUCUGGAACUUCUGGAGCAGAAAGAUACAAGCAAGGCUCUGAUAGUACUUCGAAGCGAGUUGACCCCGUUAUCCCAUGACACUGGUAAACUGCAUUUCCUAUCAGGUCUACUCAUGUGUCGUUCGGUCGAGGAUCUUAUGGCAAAGGCCGAGUGGGAUGGUGCGAAUGGCCAAUCUCGAAAGCUGUUGCUCUCGGAGUUAUCAAAAUGCAUAUCACCGUCGGUCAUGCUCCCUGAAAACCGCUUGGCAGUCCUUCUUGAGCAGGUUAAGCAGAGUCAGAUCGACACCUGUCUAUACCAUACUGAAGCGUUAUCACCUUCGCUCUACUCAGACCACUUCUGUGACAGACGCAACUUUCCAACAGAGGUCGCAUUGGAGCUUUCGAAUAUGGCCGAUGAGAUUUGGCAAGUACAGUUCUCCCAUGACGGAGCCAAGAUGGCGGCGUGCGGCAGUAGUCCAGAAGUUAUGAUAUGGGAUACACGCACAUUUAAGGUCUUAGAGUCUCUUGACGGCCAUGAUGGCGGCGUCGGAAACAUUGUUUUUAGCCCUGACGAUUCUCUGAUUCUCUGCUGCUCGAGGGACGGGCAUGCAAGAUUGUGGACUACCAAUGACGGGACUUUGAUCCGGAAAUUUCCUAAAUUCGAGGAGCCUGUGAGCGGCUGCGUCUGGGCUCAGGACAGUCGGUCACUGGUCGUUGGAACGCUAGAUCCUAAUUACAGCCUUCGAACUCUGAACCUGGAUACGAGUGAGCAGUACGAGUGGGGGGUAAAGCAUAGAGUCCAGGACCUAUGUGGAUCGCCAGACGGUCGCUGGCUCGUGGCUGUGGACAAUCAGCAGACAAUCCACGUCUAUAACGCUGUCACACGAGAAUUGGAGUUUGAUAUGGAACUUAAAGCCCGACCGACAUCAGUCAACAUCAGCCAAGACUCACGUCAUCUUCUUGUCAAUAAGUGCGACGGUGAAGCUCAGCUCAUUGACCUCUUGACGCGGAACUCGGUCCAGAAGUUUUUCGGUCAUACAGGCGGUGACUAUCUGAUUCGAUGCUCGUUUGGUGGAGCCAACGAGAGUUUUGUCCUAAGUGGUAGUGAAGAUGGUAACAUCGUUAUAUGGCAUAAAAACACGGGUGCGGCAGUCGAGCGCCUACAUGGCCAUCAUCCCCGCUGCAAUGCUGUUGCAUGGAAUCCUACCGACUCGUAUAUGCUAGCAUCAGCGGGAGACGAUGGCCGAAUAAAGAUUUGGUCCAACAAAACGGCCAGUGUUGAAUUAAGGGCUCGUCAUAAUCAAGCAGGCAACGGUUGGACAGCAGAGGAACGAUGA